GUUUAGUUGAAAUGAAAAUCAUUAAAAUGGUUUUGUGAGAUUGCAAAUAUGUUUUGAUACAUUGGGGAAAACAGAUAUUACUCUAAUUAUACCAGAACAACCUUAUGAAUUUUGCUUGCCAGGAUAUCAAUUGCAAAAAGUGAGAUGUAAACAAAAUGUGUGGUAUAAAAGAACUUGACCUUUCCAUCAGGGUGGAAUCUAGAGUUGUUCUUAAAAAGGGUUCUUGCUGCUCCAAAUAUGCUUUGAUGUUGCAAAAACUUGUAUUAUGUCAACCACUGCAGAUUCUAGACUAGUUUUGAUCUUGAAUUGUUUAAGCAGCAACUUGUUAAUUAUUUUCUAGUUUUUAACUGUUUUAUUUGCUUUAAAAAAAAAGAAGAAAAAAAUGCACAUCCCAGCAAAGCCCUGAUUUAUGCUUAUGCAUGUAUUAAACUGACUAAAUUUUCAGUCUUAUGAAAUGACAUGCAGUAUAUGAUUUAUUUGGCUGUUGAUUCUUGGAAAAAAUAUCAUUCGUUGUAAAUAAAAAACAGUAAUAUAAAGGUCAGAGCUAUCACACAUUUGCUUUAUCAUUAACAAAGCUGACCACAAAGGGGAAGGAUGAAAUAGUUGAGGUAAACAAUGUUAUGUUAAUGAUAUAUAAUCAUGAAAAUCAUUAUCACCAGUGUAGUUGAAUUUGGUAAUCGAGUUAUAAAUUAAAACCAUAAAGAGUGGUCAAUAAAAAUAGAACAAGAAAUCGUUGGAUAUAAACUUAUGUUGCAGAAAUCGGAUAUAGGUACCCAUAAAAGUGUAAUCUUUGACAAGCACUUUAGUUUAUGUACAUGCAACAUCUUGCAUUUGAUAACCUUGUAAUGAAGUUGUUGUUUUUAGUACUUGUGAUUCAUGCCAGUCCUCAUUACACUCAAUAUCUGUGCACUGAAUUUAAACAGGGCUCACUAUCAAUUAAUUAUCGCCUUACAUAAGUAUUGUAAGUGUUGUAAUUCAGCUGUAAUGUCUCCCAUUGCCUACUUGUGCCUGUAAUAAUGUCAGCUGCACCUGUGGGGUUUCAGAAGUUUGGGCCUCUUGUAUCUCUUUAUAAUGGCCACUGUCCUCCAUUUGUUUAUCACCUGUAGACCUAUAUGGGAACUGACUGGGUUAUGCAACUCACCACAGAUGGUAUGCACUGUAAUUCCACAUAGAUGUAAAGCUCAGUCAUCAUUGUGGAAAAAGGGAGAGAAUGACUUGUUAUUGCCUGGCCUUGAUCCAAGGCUGUUUGUUAUUAAACACAAGUCCCUGAAUUGGUUGCACAGCCUUAUUUGUUGAUUGGCUGUGAACACACUGGGACCAUAUUGUAAUAAUGUAUUGUAAUAAUGUGGGCUCAGCCCAUGUCAAGGCUACCAUUCAACCCAUUAAAAUCAGUAUUAUGUAGCAAGAUCCUGUCUCAGUCAUCUUUUUUGUUUUAAGGUAAUUGCUGUGUUCAGUUAAAUAGUAUUUGUUUUUAUCUUUGCUACCAUAUAGCCACCUGUUUCAACCCACGAUAAGUUUAAAAUGCUCCAGCUAUAUUUAUAUCCUCCCCGAAGAGGCUAUUUACUGUAAAUGUCACCAUUAUUUAUACAUGCUGCUUAGAUUAUGACAUUAUUUUUCCUGUCCCAAUAUGGAGUGGCAGGUGGCAACCUGACCAAAUUCUAUUUCAUAUCAUGGGGACACAACCAUUUCAUUUACCCAGAGCCAUAGGAAGUCAACUGCUGUUGAGUAUUGAAGUCUCUAUACUGUGCUCAGAUCAUUAAGAAAAGUGUGAUGUGAACCUUGUUGACAAGACCAUACCCCCAAUACCCACUGCAAGAAUGAGUUCCCCAGACAAGCCUGGAGAGCACGUGAAGAAACGACGUACCCGCUGUGGACAGUGUGGACCUUGUCAAAUCAAGAAUGACUGUGGACAGUGCAAACACUGCCUAAACAAAGCAGUUCUAAAACAAUCCUGCAUUUACAGAAAGUGCUUGUACCUGCGCUGUAAACCAAGUCCUGGCUCAGACUUUUUACGUGCUAAAUCAGGUAGCAAUGCCAGGGAACAAUCAGAAUAUGGCCAGCAUGAGUACAUGUCUCCUCAGUCCAGUUCAGAAUAUUUAGCUAGACAGUCCAGCUCUGAUGACUCUCAGAAUAUAGAGAGUCCAGGGACUCCACGUCAGGUGGACUAUCCUGUGCCCCCCUCGCCUAUCUACAGAGUGGAACCCCCUUCACUUCCACAGCAGCAACAGCAGCAGCAGCAGCAGCAUAUGCAGCAACCACAGUCACCAGCUUAUCCACAGACUCCUAACUCUACGGCCACUUCGCCAACAUGGAGUGGUCAGUAUAAUAACAAUAACAAUGCAUACCUUGCUGGGGGGAUGCCAGACUUUUCUAGGGUGGCCUAUGAUCCGAAUUUCAUACGGCAUAGCCCGGGAUAUGCUGUGCCAAGUUUUGUGUGGGAUUGGCAGGUGGAAAAUUUCAGGGCAAAUUUUAAUUUAGGCAAUCAAGCCCCACAUAAUACAAGAGACAAAGUGCGGAACUUUCUGUUUAAUAAACCUCCAGGUGUAAAUCCACAAGACUUUAACACUGGCACGGCGGCAUUUCAAGUUCCUAGGGUAAGAGACCCCUUAAUUGGGGGCAAUCUGGCCCCAGAGCCUUUCCCAGCACAGGGGUUUGUGUUUAAUCGUGCUAAUGGACUCCACACCCCUAACUCAGGGUACGUUACAGCAGAGAGGGGGGGACCAAUGGAGCAGCCCCAUGUGACCCAAGAGGAAUGUUUAAUCUCUGUGGAUGAUACACCAAUACAGGCUUUUGUACAGUCUGAUGGGUUUAACACCAUUGAAAUUACCACUUUGACUGAGCCAGAUAUGCUGGGCUUUGGAUCUGCACCAGAUUUCCACCCUGAUGCCAAAGGGGAGGUUCUGGAAAAUGGCUACGGCUGCUACCACCAGGUACAAAAUAAAAUCUCCAGUAAUAUCAUCCUACGGCAGGAUCUGGGUGAGGAGGGGGAAAUACAGAUCAACCUACCACCCACAGGUAUUACCAUUCAAGACAUCACAUUAGAUGAUGAGUUGUCCAAGUUUGCAGCAAACACUGCUGACAUAUUCAAGGUCAGUGAUACUCUGUACAGCCAGAUAUCAUAAACCACACAGAAACAUCCAGUGUAACCAAUAUAUCUUGGCUGCUGCAACGACUUUGGACACACAAAAUAUAUAAUGUUGGUUACAAAGAUGUAUAAGAAUCCGUUAAAUAAUUAUAUCUAUAUUUUUGUAUGCCUCAUCCGUGGUAAAGAUAAUUGAUGUUAAGCAUAUCUUUAAAUAUUUCUAUGUAGUUUUCUUAUAAUAAUAUUAACCAUAUAUGUUCUCUUUAUAAAGCAUAAUCAAAUUUAGUUCCUGGCAUGUGGUAAAUCUUAUGUGUCUAGUCUUCAUCUGCAUACAGCUAAUGUGUUCAAGUGCUGUGUAUUUGUGCAAGCUUCUAUGGCCACAGUACUUAUAUCACGUUGGAAAAUACAUCUAGAUUGCUGGGAAACAAGUGUAAGUGAUGGGUAAAUGGCAUGUGUGUUAAUAGUCGGACAUGUUAAAUAUGUAGCUUGUGGAGAGUGCUGCCUUAAAAAUGAAUAAUAUUUCAAUGUUCGGAGACCCCCAGGGAGUAGCGGGUAACAUUUUCUCUAGUGUGCCCUGAGGGAAAAAAUAAAAGGUUUUAGAAGUCCCCUUUUUUUAUUCCUCACAGGCAGCUAGUUUUCAAGAGCAUCUGGUUGGAGGUUAUAUAUUAUUGCAACCACCAGAUGUACACUUUGGUAUUUUUCUUCUUGCCAGGGAUCAAAGCACUGUAAGGUCCAGCUGUUUUCCCCCACCUUUAUUUUUAAAACUUGAGCACACAUUUAUGCUGCAUAUCUGGGAAUGGGCCAUCCAUAUGCCAUCUCUUCUGGGUAUGGCUUUGAGAAAAACAUUAAAAAACUACAGGAAUCUGCCACUUUCUACAACUGACACAUAGAAAAAAAACAAAGUAGCCUCAGAACUUGAGAGGUUUACUGUAUUUUGGCAAAUGUGAAACAGCUCUGGGUAGCAAGCCAAAUUGUGUUUUUCUUUCCACUUCCCUGAUUAAAUUAUACUGAGAAUGCAGCAAUCUGCAGGUUCUCAACAGUCAGGAUAUUUUUUUGUCAAAAAUGUGCCAAUGAAAUUUUAGAAAUGCAGAUUAAAAAAAAAAAGAGAAAACAAAUGUAACAGAAGAAUUCUACAGGUUUAUGUCUCACAUUUGCUUACUUUUUUAAAAAAAAUUUGGGGGGAAACUAUAGGUGUUAUUGUGAACCUGAUUUCCCAGCCUAGUUAAGUGCAAUGUAGAUUGUAUACACAGCUGUAGCAGAUGAAAGAGACUGGUCAGCCAUGUUUUCAUCCCUGUGUAGUUCUAUGUCAGCUUAUGCUGUGAGCCAAAUAUUCAAUUAUGAUCCAAUUUAAAGCAAGUAGAUGUAUCCAAUUCAUACAAUAGAUCUUGUUUAUUGAAUUCUCAUCAGCUCUUUGCAUUUCAUUCCCUCUCAUCAGUGCCAUAGGCUAAUGAUUAAAAAGUAGUCUUUCUCUAGCAUAUUUCCCGAACCCAUAAAUCUGUCUUGUUUUUUUAUGAAGGAUGUUUCAGAAAAUGACACAUCUCUCCUUGUUAUUUCUGUGAUGAUGGAAACCCACACCUUCAUAUUAAAUUGACAUAUUCUUGGAAAUAGCCUUUUCAGUGGUUUCCUGGUAUAGGAGAUGAUUGUAUACUGGUUAUUGAACUAAAAUAGCCUAGGCUUUAAUGUAUACCUGUAUUCUUUGAAAAAGUACCUUGUGCAAAGACUCCAAAUGUUGCAAUUAAGCAUUUUUGCCGUAGUGCUUUUGGGUUGAUUUGAGUUGUGAAGUGGUCUUGAAGCUGUAGCUUUGAGAAAAAGUAGCUGUAUGUUUGUGCCACAUGACAGCUUGUGUGCAGGUGAAUGGCAGGACAAAAGCUGUAUUGAGAAGAGCCUCAUAGCUUGACCCAGACUGCCACAGCAGGUGCUACUUUUAUGCCGAAUCUUAUACAGGUUAAGGGGCCAAUUUGGAAAAAAAUUCUGAUGGCAGAGAGGAUAGCAAACCAGGUUUUCUGUCUGCUCCAAACUUCAGUCCUCCUCUUAUAAAAGUAACUUGAUGACAUGAGUCACCUUUUAUAUUAUAACCAUAAGCUGACCAAUCUGGCAUGUCUGGAGAAUGCUAAUAGAGAACUGUUUUUUCCUUUAUCAGAUUUUAACAUAUAGAAAAGUGCUAUGUUUUUUCCUGACUGCCAAACAGUAUAGUUCAAGAAACCUUUUUAUAGAAAAAAUAAUGACUUAUUUUCUGUUUUGUUUGUCAGUGGAAUCCCUGUUCCUCUGUCAUUUAAUGGGCGUGGGAUCUGUGUUUUGAAACAGUUAUUUUUGUCUCUUGCAUAUCAGUUGCCAUCUCAUGUACUCACAGUGACAGGUUGUUAUUAUUAUGAGAAAUAAAGGAUAAUUCUCUUUGUGAUUUGGAAGUAGAAAAAAAAAGGCCUUCAUUUGCCUAGUUACUGUGACUGAUCAAAAUGGCCCUGGCAUUGAAUGAUACAUGUAUAGUCAGUUUUUUGACAAGUUCAGCCUUGGUAAUUACUUAGUUUGCCAUGUACCACCUUGUCACUCAUUAUUCAUAUUCAAUAAAGGAAAAUGGACAAACAGCAAGAGUGGGCCCAUAAAAAACAGCACACUGACACUGAUUUGACAGGCGAGAGAGAUCAGGUAAAAUCAGACCAACAAAUUAAUAACUUGGGCUGCAUUUAGACCAGGACUGUUUAGAUGGGGUUUGGGGAUCAAGUGAAUCAUAGCAGCACCAAACCAAAGUUCCUAUUGCAUCCUAAGCAAAUGCAUUAUUAUUAUUAUUAUUAUUAUUAUUAUUAUUAUUAUUAUUAUUAUUUCAUUCAAGUAAGGCUGAUUAUUAGUCUAAAAUAGUCCUGGUCUGAAUGCAGCUAAGCAGAUGUGACUUGACCAUGACAUUGAUAUGUGCAGGUGGUUGAUUUGUCAGUUGGGGUUCUGACUGCUUAUGAAUUACCUGUCAUAAAGAUAUUGAUACAAUCCCUUUGAUUUGUCCCAGCGAAAAUCAGAAAACUAUAAUCCCUUCUUAGUUCUUAGACUAAUCACGAGGAAGGUUAACAAAGCAUGCUGCAAGGGAUUAGAUUGUGUUUAGUCUCUGACACUGGAGAAUAACUAAAUGCAACUAUUGAAACCUAAUCCCUUUUAUAGAGCAAUCAAAAGCAAGGAGCCUUGGUAUGGCGGACUACAUUGGUCUGUGAAUUACACUGAUUAUCUCGUCCUGUUUCAAGUUAUUGAUUUGGUACAUGCAUAUUAAGAGUUGAUCUUGGCACUGGUGCAGAGGCAAGGGUUUACGUCUUUACAUUUACUGGAUGGUUCACUGGAUUGUGGCUAUUUCUCAAUCAUCCUGAUCUCAUGCCCUGAUUAGACAGGAUAUAUAAUGGUAUUUGAUUGAACUAGUAGGAAGGAUAGAGUUUGCCUGAGUGGAGUUUCUAUCCAUCCUGUGCAAACACACGACUUUGUGUUGGGUCGUCUUAUGUUUGCAUUAUAUGCAGGAAAGAGAAAAAUUGAAAAUUGAUUUUUGUGUUUCUCUAGUCAACAAGUGGUUGAUGAAUUGUGAGAUUGGCUAAGACAGAUGGAUGGUUUGGAUUGUGUGGGUUUUGUUCUGAAAAUAGAGCUGUAAUAGACUGCGGUUUAUUCACUAAGAAAAUAGCCCCCACCUUCUUUUCUCAUCCUCUGAUAUGUUUGACAAAUUGAUCUCAGAAAAUGUAUCUUUUAAUUUUGUUCCAAUUAUAUCCUGCAAACAGUGCAAUUAAUCAUGAGACUGGAGAAAGUAUUACAUACCUGUUCUAGGAGGAAGACCUGUAUGUGACACUGAUUGUCUUUUCCCAGAAAUUCUAAUUAUUUUAUGAUGGGCAAUCCUUUGGGACCAAGCUGUGAUAAAAGAGAGCUGGCUUUGAAGUUGAUUAUUCUCAUGUUCAUGCUUCUCCAACAACACUUGUCUUUUUUCUACUCACUCCACAUUAUCCAGAAUUGGGACAGGGCAUCAUUUACUUGGUUCUAGUUUUAAGACUUCAUAGGUCGAGUUGAUUUAAUUCUUUAGAGAUAUAUCCUGCUUGACACAUUUUAUUUUCCGCUUAAUGUUUAAGUCAGCUUUUCAACUAUCCUCUUCCUGGAACAUGUAAUAGACAUCUGUUUCUAAUAAGUCAGUGUUUUAAAGAAAGUGUUGGAAUUUGUAGAAGUAUUGUUGAAACCCUUUUUACUUUCCCACCAAAAUAUCCUACAUUGGAUGCGACAUGCCCAUCUGUCAUCAGUAACAAGAGGACAAUGAUAAGAGAUAAUAAGCUUGCUGUCAGCAUGAGAACUCAAACACACUUGAAUUUCAUUAACAUGGGAAGAUUGCUAUAUCUUUAUUAAGUAGGCCAUUAGUAAGUGCAGGGCACCCUAAUGAACAAUUCAAAUGAAUCACCCAUAGCACCCAUUUAUUAGAGAAAAAAAGGCAGAGAUCUUUAUUUCUUUAUUGUUGAUGUUAUUAUUAUUAUUGUAGAUUUUUCUCCUUUCAGACUUGGUGCUCUGUUUUUGAUCUUUAUUCCAAAGAAGCUGCAUGAUCCUAACUGUUAUUGUAUGAAUGGUAUGAUUGAUGUUUGAAUUCUGUAAAUGUGCAUACACAUCAUUGUUUAAGGCUAUGAAAUAAAGACAUUACAAGACUGUUUUUAAUAACAUGGAUUGCAGACCUGAAGCUACAGGGCAAAGGGGAAGUAACAUAAAAAGAUCAAAAGACUUAUUGAAUUAUGUGGAUUGUUCAUGUUUGGGAUAUUUCUGUUUAUAUUACAAAAGCCUCUUUUUUUUCAGUCAAAAGGCUGUUUUUAAAAUGAUCUGAAAAGUCUUGGAUACUACACCUGGUAUUAAAUUAGCAUGUAGUGAAGACGUUUGUAAAAUUUUCUUUGACACUUAGCAAUCUGCCAUCCAAGUUAUGAAAAAAAAAAAGGAAAGUGGGUUGAUGUAGGGUAUUUAAGUUGUGAUGAAAUGUCAAACCUUGCUUCAGAUAGGCCCUGUCUCUUAACCAGGUAUUGUUAUGAAUAUUUACUGUUUAUACUAGUUGGUCAAUUGAAGGUCUGUCAUUCUUUGAUGACCUAGUUUUCUGUUUGCUGUAUUAUAUGACAAUAACAGACACAUGUGGGAAGGUAACUCUGUUGUACUUGUUUUAUCACUAUUUAAAAGAUGCAUGUUUAAUAUUAGUGCACAGGCACACAAUCUGAUGUAAUCUUUAUGGGCCACAAUCAUGAAACUGCACUUACUGUAUGAAUUAUAUUUGGUUGUGGCAAGUCUGUCUGCCGUUUGGUGUGUAUACCGUCCUUGUUUUCAGUUAUGAAAUAUUUUUAACUUCUUUGUAAAAAAAUUAACAAAACUUUGACAUCUCUCUCUUUUUUUUUAACACUUUCUUAGAAAAAGAAAGAAUUAUAUGGGGGAAAAGUAAGUUAUAUUUCUAAAUAACAUCAGCUCACUAAUUUGCAUGUUAGUAAGCACAAGAUUAAGUUAGGCUGAUGAAGACUGUCAGGUGAAAAAAAAAGAGAAAAAAUGGCAGUCUAAUUUUGUCUGUGGCCUCUUCGAAUAUAAUAAUGGACAUGUUGGAGACUAUUGUAAUAGUUAGUAUUCCUAUUGAGAUUUAUUGUGAUGUAUAGUAAUUGCCAGAAGCUGCAUUUUGUAGAAUUUAUUCCGACUUGAGUGCCUGUAAAAAUCCAAUGACUUUCACAUCAUGGCAUAAAGUGCUUAAUCUAGUCAAUCUACCUAGAUCACAUUUGUAAUGUUCUUCAGGAAAAAUGUAAUGUUUAUACACUUAUACACACACAUCAUUGGUAUGUCAUGUACAGAUGUUUUAAAAGUUGUGGGUAAUGUUUGUAUCCUUAACAAAAUGUGAAAAGAUCAUGGAUAUAUAAUUUCAUGUAUGUUUAAAGCUAGUGCAUAUUUGUACAUUUAAAGUCACUGUACAUAUAUUAAGAUAGAAAGAAUAGGGAUUAAUAUUUUUUACCAUUCUAGAGUUAUGAAAAAAAGGCAUGGUAAAUUGUACAUUAUAACAUAUUUGUUGCAGAUAUUACAUUUAAGUUAAUGUUACUAUAUCACAGAAAGAGUUACUGAAUUUCUACUAGUAAAACUGUUCAAUCUGCCAAAAUAUUCUGUGUCACUGUGCAUUGAUAUUGUUAAAAUUUAUUCUAAAUAUUGUAUAGUUCUGUAAUGUACAUAUGCCAAGAAUUUAUUAAAUCUUGUAAUAUUAAUCUUGAAUUCACUGUUUGUAUAUUUCAUAUUCAUGGAGAAAUAUAGAACACAACUUUUUACUCCUUCAGCAAUAAAUAUAAUGUAUAUCAA